AUGAUUGCAAGUCGACUUCCAGGAAGGACCGACAACGAGAUCAAGAAUUACUGGAACACUCAUCUUAGGAAAACACUUCUGUGCAACGGCAUUGAUCCGCAAACACAUCAACUCUUAACUGAUUUAAACUUCCCUCCAAAUUUAAACAAUUUCCCGUUGAGUUGCCUCGAAAACUUGGCCAACAUUAGACUACUCGGAAAUAUAAUCCAACUUCUCAACUCGAAUCCGUUGCCAUCUUUCUCACCUAACCGAAUCGAUGCAACUUUGGAUGGGAUUCUGAACCCUGCCUUGCAUCUCCCAUCUUCGAUUGCCAACGUUGCGUUUUCCAGUGAUUAUAAACCGGUUUGUAACAGGUUCCAGCCACCGGAAGUUCAGCAACAUGUGAUUAACGCGGAAUACUGUCUUCCUGGAUUGACUCCAGCCACCUCAGAAAUUUCCUCCGGCAACGUAGGCAACAGCAGCAUUUGUGACUAUUCACCGCUGAAUCAAAAUUACGAAGAGUUGUUGGUGGAUGAUGAAAACAACCGCUCUUUUUGGAAGGAUAUUUUAUCUGAAUCUUUUCCUUCUUUGUCUAUGUAA